AUGUCUCGGCCCGCCAAAUUCACGUUGGCCGCAUCGGUUCUCGUUUCGGGGUUGACCGUUUGGGGUGUUCACUAUAUGCAGGAGAGGGAACGCGAAGUGAUGUACCGUGGCGUUGAGCGCGACGAGGCGCGUCAGGAGGAAAAGAAGAGGAAGCGCCUGCUGGACCUUCAAAUCAAUCAAGAAAAGGAGGCCGCUCCUCACCGUCUUUCACAUCUGCAUUCAACCGAUCUUUCUCUACCACUGACCAUGUCUUUUUCCACCUCCACCGGCGCUCAGCUUAACGCUGUCGCCAUCCCUCUCACUACCAUCCUUGUCAACGGACAGCAGCAUGGUUCCGCUCACGAUCAUGCUGCCGCUCCUCCCUGUAUGCUCGUGAAGGAGAUCAUCCGCACGCGUGCUUCACCCGCUCGGUCUUCGGUGAGCGUUCUCAGCACUUCACCAAGCCUUCCAUCCUUGGCCAAGAUCAGCCGCGCCUCGGCUCCUGGUCACAUCGACAUUCCGGACUGUAGCUCUCUGGACACGUUGAUUACUUCGCCUUAUGUGUCUCCCACGUUCAGUGCUUCGCUCAUCGCCAUCAGAGACGGCGUGCCCGGUCGUGGUGCGACUCACAAUGUGCCACAGGGCGCCAUCACCAACUCGCCGGCCUCGUCGCUCGAGUCCAUGUGGCCGUGGAUCGAAUCCGCGGUCGACGAGACCGAAGCCAAGGUCAAAGGCGAGGUCAUGGUCUUCAGGAAGAUCUGGGCCAGCCUGAUCGAGGCGAUCCACAAGCUGCGCUUGUCCAACAACAAGAUCAAGACUGACAACGAACAGCGUCGCGACCAGAUCGCGCAGCGCGAGCAAGCGGAGGAGCCGGAGGAGCCGGAGGAGCCGAUGCAUGGCGACAGCGAGUGGGAUGAUGAAUUGUUGGACGACGCAAUUCCUAAUCAGCAGGCUCGUCGCGAUGUCGACGCUGGCCUCGGCGCUGAUGACGAUGACGACGACGAGGACACUGCUGAUUCCAUACAUGAUCACGAGCACCGGUUCGGCGCCAGGCGCUACGUGUGCUUGGACGUCAACGGGGACUGGACGCGUACCUUGGAUCGUGAGCUGAUUCGCCAGGGCACUGUCACCGACUUCGACCGUGCUCAGGAGUGGCUUCGCCGUGUCGGUCGCGAACACCAUGCCAGCCGUGUCGAGCGCGAUGAAGGGCGCGCUUCGUUCAACGUUGGCGACCGAAGCCAUGAUGCUGAAGCUCGUUCAUCGGAGCGUGUCUUUGCUCGUGCGGUGGAUUGCACCUGUCAUGUUCGCACGCACUGCGUGUGCUACAGGGUCGACGUCUCGGCUGUGCGUCAGAACUUGGGUAUGCACACGAGGCCUGCCAACCACGGCCAACCGUUCAACGGUCUCACUUUCCGUCCUCGCUGCAUCGAUCAUCAGAACCCAUUUGCUUCUGCACACGCUAGUGUCCCCAAGCAACUCAAUACGCUUGGCUAUUCAUACGCUCGACACGUGCAGUCGUCAGUGGGCUCGAGUAGCCAGCCUCGUCCUCGUCCGCACCCGAUGCGUCGUGCCACUGAAGGGCUUCCUUGUGAUAGCAUGUUCUUCGUCAUCCAGAACGAGGCCGAGUGCGACGACAACAUGGACGACGCGGACCAGCCUGCUAGACGCAAAGGCAAGGGCUAG